CCCGCCGUGAGACCCCCACCAAAACCCUUUCCAAGGCACCAGCCUGUGUGCACCUUGACGUAGCCAGCCAAGCAGCAGGAACAGCCGGCAUUCCGUGUAAACAAAAGCAGGAAACAAUCAGCCGAAGCAUAGGAAGAAAACUAAACCCCAUUCAUCGGAUAUAACUACAAACUUGAAUCUUUCACCCCGCCGCUACUCAAAACUUCUUCAGCACCACCUCACCAACAGACAACCAUGGCGCCCCCCUCCCAGCUCACCGUCGCGACCCUCUCCGUUACCAGACUCCUCAAGGAGGAGAUCUCGUACGAGAAGGAACUCAUCCAGCAAAGGGGCAAGGUCACGACGCUGGAGAACGAGAUCAAGGAAGGCAAGCCCGAUGAGGAUGGAAACCGGGAGUACAUGCUCAAGCAGCUGAAACUCGCGGUGGAGGAGACGCAAAAGGUGUUCCCCGAGCUGAGAACCCGCGUCGAGGAUGCGACCGUCAAGCUGGAGGAGCAGAUUGCCCUGGCCGAGAGCGGCGGUGCGUCGCCCGAGGAGCUGGAGACGGCGAGACUUGCGCUCGCAAAGGGCAAGGAGGAGAAGACGUAUCUCAAGGACGACGUCUCUGCUUAGAAUUGUGAUUAUUUCUUUUCCCCCGCGUUCUGAUAUCAAAGAUGAGAGGAGGUUCGGGAUUGCGUUGUGUUAAGGGCAGGCGAGCGUCAGAGGCACGAUGGCUGCCUGCUUU